AUGUGUUUUAGCUCAGGACCAGAAGAAGCCACGCCGGCACCACGCCCCAGCCAAAGACCCUCUCAAUUCAAGCGCAGGGGGCAAGACAUCCCUCUACAGCGAUUGGCAAUAACAGGGCCAGUGACUCCACCUGGCCAGAUCCCGGCUCCUGAGCGAGAUGCUGCAGGUCUGUGGGUGCAGUACGAAGCCCGUGACCUCGAUCGGUCAAGUCUGCUGGCGGCCCUGGCUUAUGUGGCCGAAUAUCUCGAUAAGCAUGGCGAAGACAUUACAUUGGUUGCUGUCGGAGGAGCCGUGAAUACAAUCCUCCUCAGAUCACGGAUGACUACGUACGACGUAGACUUCUUCUGCCAUGUCCUGAGCGGGUCGCGUCUCCGACUGAUACGAGAAGCGGGGCAAUAUGCUGUUCAAAGAAGUGCAGUUCCCAUGAGUACUGACUGGCUCAAUAAUGCUACUGCUCGAAUGCCUGGCGUUGUUGAGAAUGUUGAGCAUUUGGUCGACGCGGCACUCGCUCAGCGCGAGAUACUGUUUCAGAGAAAGGGUCUGACAGUGGCAGCGGCACCAUGGAACUACGCCUUCAUCAAGAAGAUUAGCAGGAUAACGCAAGGGACUGCUAGGACGUAUGAUGCUAGCGAUGCAGUCGCAUACCUUCAUCGGCAUAUCACAAGGCAUGGCGGGCAGCCUGUGCCAUUUGAAACGAUGCAAGAAUGGGGCAGCAAAUACAAGGCAUUGUCUCCCGUUGAAAUCCUGCGAGAAAUCGAUGAUCUCUAUCGACGAACUUAUGGACGAAGUGCUAUCUUGUUUGACCAAGGUGGCAGACGUCGGGGUCAUUGA